GCAUCAAGUGAUAACAGCCAGCUGGGGUCCGGCGGUGCGGACAAUUUGGUGGUGCUGUGGGAUGUCGUCUCGGGUCAGGCGUUGCGGCGAUGGCGCAAGCACGUUGGUCGGGUAAACGCCGUCAAGUUCGCAGGACCCUCGAAUGACGAGGGUGAGGUUCCCCUGGCGUCCAGUCUUCUUCUCUCCGUAGGUGUUGAUGGCAUGCUGCUCGCCUGGGAUGCGAGAUCUAGAACACCGUAUCCCAUUCAAACCAUGCACGAAGCAAAGGAUAGCGUCAACUGUCUCGCAGUACGUCGAUGGCAAAUAAUCACUGGAUCUGUUGACCGAUGUGUUCGCAUUUACGACAUUCGUAAAGGUGAAAUGACGCAAGAUUACAUCGGAUAUCCAGUCACUUCUGUUGGUCUCUCGUUUGAUGGGCAGUGUUUGCUCGUAGCUUCUCAAGACUCCAUAGUGAGACUCUUUGAUUACACAAACGGUGAACUGCUUAACAAGUACUCUGGUCAUGCGAACAAGGACUUCAGGAUCGACUGUUGCCUCAUGAACGACGACGCUCAAAUAGCAAGUGGUUCCGAAGAAGGUGAUCGGGUACUUAUGUGGGACGUUCUGGUGGGAGGGCCUCCAAGUGGAUAUCUUGAUCAUUCAAUUGGUUCACCUGCCUGGUCAUCUGAAAUCGGCGAAAUAGCGGACAAGGCAAAUUCCAUCCCGUUUAUUCACUCACUCUCUCCACAUCCUACCAACAACUCUCUCCUUUCUGCUGGCGCCGACUUCGUUUGGCUAUGGGGUGUCGAAGAAAACAAAGACUAA